CCAAAAUGGAGUUCACCUUUUGCUACUGUUUCUCCUUGUUGGAGGAGUUUUUUCUGCAAUUCCAGUUACUCCUGAUAUGAAGUCCUUCUCUUCUGCAAUAAAGGGAGGUCAUCUACCUGCCAACACUGAGAAAACACUGUAUGAACACAGCACUGGCCAGGCAGGAGUCAUUACAGAACAAUGGUUUACAGGUAGAGGUGUAAUGAACGAGGACGCUAGAAUAAGGAUAUACAUUGAUGGGGAGACUGCAGCAAGCAUUGAUUUUAUGCUGUUACUAGCUCACGGGAUUGGAGGCACAGAAUCCAUUGAAGUGGGUAACAUCCCAUGGGGUACUAAGAGAAUAGCUCAUGCUGCUGAUGGUGGUAUAUACAAUACCUACCGGAUACCUUUUGCUAAGUCUUUUAAAGUUACUGCAACUCAUCCCAAUGGUGGUACCUUCUGGUAUAUUAUACGUGGAGUUGAGAACUAUCCUCUUAUCCUUGGGGAUCUGCUUCUACCAAAAACAACGAAACUCAAACUUUAUAAAAAUGUCGGCAUAGUGCUGAAGCCCUUGGAUUUCAUAACUCUUGCUGAUGUUAACGCCACUGCAGGUGCUCUGUUUCAAGUGACCCUCUCAGCAAACAGCACUGAUUUUCACUAUGUUGAGGCAUGCGUGAGGGCAAUCAUUGAUGACUCCAACUCUACAAUGUUCCUUUCCUCUGGUACUGAAGAUUUCUUUCUCUCUGCAUACUCUUUUAACAGAGGCUUGUAUCACCAUGAUAACGCAGGGUGCACUCUCAGACAAGGAAAAGCUCAAAUUUCGGCUUACAAGUUCUUUGAGAAUGAUCCUCUGCUGUUCAGUAAAUCCCUCAAGAUAUCCUAUCGUUGUGGUGAGACCAGAGAUGGACAAUUAGGCUGCCCUAGUGACUUCCCUCCUCCAAUCAGCAGGCCCGAGAGGCUGGAGGCACCACUGCUAGCUAACACUACAGUCACUACCUACACAUGGGUCUAUGAGUGGGCUAUGUGAUUAUAUUCAUAUUUGCUAUUUGUUUCAUUCAUUGCUAUGCUGUCCUGCCCUUUCUUGCUGAAUGCUGUUUGUUUAUUGGGGUAUUUGUUCAUUUUGAG